AUGCCAAACCAAACAUCUAAGACAGAAUUCCUACUCUUGGAAUUCUCCAGUGUCCGAGAAUUACGGAUAGCACAAUUUGUUGUGUUCCUGGUUUUCUACUUGGCUGCCCUUGUAGGAAAUCUCCUCAUCAUCUGUGCAGUAACUGUUGAGCAUCGUCUUCACACGCCCAUGUAUUUCUUCUUGAUGAACCUAGCCAUGACUGAUCUUGGAUCUGUUUCCACCACUAUCCCUAAAUCCAUGGCUAAUUCCCUGAUGAACACCAGGUUGAUUUCUUAUUUUGGGUGUGUUGCUCAAGUUUAUCUCUUUUUGCUCUUUGGAGGAUCAGAUUACGCCCUUCUCACUAUCAUGGCAUAUGACCGGUAUGUUGCCAUCUGUAAUCCACUACAAUAUGGCUUAAUUAUGAACACAGGGGCUUGCAUUCAGAUGGCAGGGGCUGCGUGGGUCAGUGGUCUUCUCUAUGGGGUUUUGCACACUGGUAGCAUCUUUGCCACCACAUUUUGCUCCAAUAUUGUUGACCAGUUUUUUUGUGAGCUCCCACAGCUGUUAAAAAUCUCCUGUUCUACAUUAUCUGUACUUGAAAAUGUGUUCCUUGUUGUAAGUUUUAUUGUUGCCUUUGGUUGCUUUGUCUUUAUACUCAUGACAUAUGUGCAAAUUGUCACCACUGUGCUGAAAAUGCCCUCAUCUCAAAGAAGGCAAAAGGCAUUCUCUACAUGCCUUCCUCACCUCAUUGUUUUCUCUAUGCUUCUCUUCACUGGAACAUUUGUCUAUCUUAGACCACAAUCUCAUGACUCCUCACCUACAAAUAUGGUUUUUGGUGUCAUCUAUUCUGUGAUUCCUCCCAUGAUGAACCCAGUAAUCUACAGCAUGAGAAAUAAGGAGAUUAAGGAUGCGUUGUCAAAACUUUUAGGCUUGAAGUAG